AUGGUCGAGGCAUUGAAUUCAAAUUGGUUCGACCCAAUCCCCCUCGAAAGAUACAGUGAGGUAGUGUCCAAAGCGUCCGAGCUGUGCGGUCCAGAUGAAAAAUGUCCUGUAGGCGAAGCUGUCGGAAGUCCAGCUCUGUCCAUCAGAUGUGGCCCUAUUUUGAGAUUUUUGGGAAGCCAUGAAGAUGGUAAGAAAAAUUACAGAGCUACGAUCUUGGUUGUGACAGAAGAUGAAACGAGUGACUAUUCCACCGAACCUUCUGCUACUUUCUUCGUGGGACCUGCUGCGCCACCUUCUGAAAACUCCAAGCUCACACUUGAGAGCGGCUCUUUCCCAGUUACCCUGUUCCACCAAGAACAGGGAUUUUCGUUCUGGAGGUUCCUGAUCGAACUACCAUUGCUUGGCUACGAACAGAAGGUGAAGUACGCUAUCAAUGACUACACGAAUGACUAUCAGUUUAUCGUCCCAAGUGCGGAACAAACCAUGAAUAUCAUGUCUUAUUCUUGUAACGGGUUUUCUUACAGUGUUCCCACCAGCGACUUUAAGAGUUCCCUCUGGUUGGAUGUUUUGAGAAGGCACAGCAAGCUUCCAUACCAUGUCAUGAUCGGCGGAGGUGACCAGAUCUAUGCUGAUUCGAUCUCUUAUGAGUGUCCACCCUUUGCAGAGUGGCUGAAGCAUAAGAAGCUCCUAUCCACCGAUCCUCUAACUCCAGAGAUUGUCACUGCGUAUGAGGAGUAUUAUCUGCACCAUUACCUGAAAUGGUUUGGUUCCGGGUAUUGGAAGGGAUCAGCUGGAAGUACCUGGCAGCCAAUGCUUCCAAUGUCAAUGGCCCAGAUUCCUUCUAUCAACGUGUUUGAUGACCACGAUAUUAUAGAUGGGUUCGGUUCUUACAAAGAGCACACCAUGAGCCAACCGAUUUUCAAAGGGGUCGGUAAAUCAGCCUUCAAGUAUUACCUUCUUUUCCAGCAGCACACCUCUCCUGACGAAAAGAAUUCCGUUGACAAAUCGUGGAUUUUUGGAACAAGACCAGGGCCGUACAUUGGUGAAAGAUCCAGGUCGAUGUGGGCAAGACUGGGCAAGGAAGUAGGAUUCGCAGGUUUUGAUUGUAGGAGUGAGAGAAAGAGGGACCAGGUCAUCACGAGAUCAACUUAUCAGGCCAUCUUUGAAAGACUUUCCAGAGAGAUUAAGGCCUCCAACGGUGAUAUAAAACAUCUGUUGGUCCUGCUGGGUGUUCCUAUAGCGUAUCCUCGUAUGGUCUGGGCUGAGGCCAUCAUGAGCUCAAAGCUUAUUCGUCCGAUCAAGUACAUGGCCCGCAAAGGCUGGAUUGCCAAAGGACUGGUGAACCCCUAUGACGGUAGCAUCGAACUUCUGGAUGAUCUGAACGAUCAUUGGUGUGCUCAUGCCCACAAAGCGGAGAGAAACCAACUUGUGGCCGACCUGACUACCUUCGGUGCUUCUCAUGGUGUUAGAAUCACGAUUCUAUCUGGAGAUGUUCAUCUGUGUGGUAUUGGUAGGUUCAAAACUAAGGUUCACAGACAUGCGCCAGCUGUAUCCCAGCACAAAUUGGAAAGCAACGAAGAAACUCUGAGCAACGGUUUGACAGACCCAAGGCUGAUUUUCAACCUCAUCUCCUCUGCUAUAGUCAACGCUGCACCACCCAACGGAAUGGCUGGUUUGCUAAACAGUCGCUCCAAAAUCCAUAGGUUUGACAGACAUACUGAUGAAGAUGUGGUUCCAAUUUUCACUCACGAUACUGAUGGUGCGGAAAGAUCCAAUCUCCAGUUCUUGAAUAAAAGGAACUUUGCUGACCUCAUUCCUAUGAAGAACUCUCAGUUUGAUCUAUCAAGUGGCUCGGAGAAGAAUGUCUAUCCUGGACCUGUCGAACACGCGCAGGUUGUGGAUGCUGAUAGUCCUUUGAGUGACAAAAAGACCGGAAGAAAUGCACCAUAUCCUAUUCAUCCAAAUUCGUUGAUUGCAACUUUGCAUGUUGAGAAAGACCCGAAGAAUACCGAGUCAGAAACAUACGAUUAUCAGUUGCUGAUUCCGUCUUUGGAAGCAAAGCAGACUCUGGCCGAUGUUGGUGUCAAGGAUUGA